UUAUAAACAAGAAAAAAUUCUUAAUCUUCUAUGUGCAAGGAAUAAGGGAGAAAAAUGUGUAGCUGCUUUAGCCGACGAGAUUAAUUAUGAAUUUGAUUUGAAUGUUAUCACUGAAAGAGUUGCGGAAAAAUAUGUCAAACAUAACUGUCCUAAAAUUAAUUUUGAAAAUAAAGAGACAAACGUUGACAAAAAAAGAAAGGGGAUCGAUGAACAAAACACAUCAUCUGCAAAGAAAAAAGGUAAAGGAGUAAAGAAAAUAGCUCAUAGUUCAAAUAAAGGAACCAAUCCUCGUCAUCUUGGUUAUUUAAUAGAUCAACGAAAUUUAAAAGAAGCAAGCUUGGCUAGCAAUCAUCCUGAAAUUAAUUUGAUGAAUUCCUCAACUAAUGACAAAAACCAAGAAAUUAAUCAUGAACCGAAUAUUAAAGCUAACGAUGAUUUUUUUGAUGGGUUGGACGAAUAUUUGGAAAAAACGAUGGGUAUAAACAUAAAAGAUAAUUAUGCCAUGCAUACUAAAGGUGAACUUACGAUAAUGUUUUGA